AAAGGCGUUGCUCUCCCCCCCAAAUUAAACAAUUUCGUGAAAUCGUCAUCCAACUUCACGCCUAAGCACAACCGACCGCCAAGAUGACGAAGGGUACCUCCAGCUUUGGUAAGCGUCACAACAAGACGCACACUCUCUGCCGACGAUGCGGUCGCCGUUCGCUGCACGUCCAGAAGCACGAGUGCUCCUCUUGCGGAUACCCCGCCGCUAAGAUGCGAAAGUACAACUGGAGCGAGAAGGCCAAGCGGAGAAGGACCGUCGGCACUGGCCGCACCCGCUACCUCAAGGACGUUUCCCGACGAUUCAAGAACGGCUUCCAGACUGGCACCCAAAAGAACGCCAGACUCGGCAAGAAGACUGAGGCCGAGGCUUAAGCGGCCCGAAGCGUUUGGGACUGCUCUCUCUUUACCUACCACUGUUUGUUUUUCUUUUCGUCGCUAUAACCGGAACUAUGCAUAAACACAAGGGGGUAGAAAAGAGGAGUAGGGGGAAGAGAGAGAGAGAGAGAGAUGGAGGGGAAACAAACCAAAAAACUAGAAGACUAAAAAAAUAAUCCGUCCAUGAGGUUAAUGAAAUCCUGGCGAAAUUCUUUUUUGCAUCAAUGUUUUUUUCCUCUCAUCUUAUUUUUUGCAACUACCAUGGAAAAAUCAAGUGAUGAGCGACAUUCCUGCGGCUCAAUUUCUUUAACAGUCUUCUCUUUUUUUCCCCACCUCUCUCUCUCUCUCUUCUCUUCUGGUCAACAUGGGGGAUUUGAAGAUGAAAAGGGGGAGUGCUUGAGGGCGGAUGAUGUACAUUUUGGGCGAUUGAUCAAAGGACAAGGAGGGGCUUGGGAGCAAAGGGACAAAUGGUGUUUGUUUUCAAAAAUAAAACGGGAACCCCAAUUGCUUUUUUUUUUCAAUUUUCGCACCGGAGCCAACGAAAACAAAGUCGUGAAAUUGCAUCUUGAUUCUUCAACAAAUUUUGUUUCCCAACCUUGUGAUAUCCCGUAAUUUGUUUUUAAGGGAUCAAAUCUCAUCGUUUUCUUGCUUUUGCCAGCAGAUGAUCCCCCAAUCCAGCUCGUAACCAGCGU